UACAAGCCGAGGAUGACAGAUGCUCCGUUCUCCCCGCUUCUGCCUGACGCUUCUCUCCAGCUCCGCCAGGGUUGGUCUGUGUAAGAACUAGCAGGAGCUGUGGCCGCGGCGAGAAAGCGGCGGAGGCGCGUGGAACCCGAAAAGUCCGGGGGCUCGCGGUUACCUCGCGACGUGGUCCCCGCCGGCCGCCAGCACCAUGGACAGCGGCGCCGUCCCCAGGAACGCCAGUAACUGCACUGACCCCUUCGCGCGCUCUUCAAGUUGCUCCCCAGCACCCAGCCCCGGUUCCUGGGUCAACUUCUCCCACUUAGAUGGCAACCUGUCCGACCCGUGCGGUCCCAACCGCACCGAGCUGGGCGGGAGCGACAGCGCGUGCCCUCCGGCCAGCAGCCCGUCCAUGGUCACGGCCAUCACGAUCAUGGCCCUCUACUCCGUCGUGUGCGUGGUGGGUCUCUUCGGAAACUUCCUGGUCAUGUACGUGAUUGUCAGGUUUAAACUACAAAAUAACCAGUCAUGCCCGAUUGAAACAGAAGUGCAAACUUGUUUCACUAAAUUCAGAUGUUCCAUAGAUUGCACUCUAACAUUCUCUCACCCCACCUGGUACUGGGAAAACCUGCUGAAAAUCUGUGUUUUCAUCUUUGCCUUCAUCAUGCCUGUCCUCAUCAUUACGGUGUGCUAUGGACUGAUGAUCUUACGCCUCAAGAGUGUCCGUAUGCUCUCUGGCUCUAAAGAAAAGGACCGGAACCUGCGAAGAAUCACCAGGAUGGUGCUGGUGCAGAACUCCACUCGAAUUCGUCAGAACACUAGAGACCACCCGUCCACGGCCAAUACAGUGGACAGGACUAACCAUCAGCAAGGAACAGAAGAUAGGGUCCUCACAUCCCACCUAGAGCCUGGCAUAGCCGUGAGCUCCCAGCAGGAACACGAGAAAGGUUCAACUGGAUGCAACCGCUCCAGUCUUGAUGGAAGCGCUACAUCUAGGAGGAGUCCUGCUGCCACGGUGCUGGUCCUCACCUGA